AUGGUCGUCGAUACCGCCUAUUACGACACGCUGGGUGUCCAGCCCACGGCCACUGAGCUGGAGAUCAAGAAGGCUUAUCGCAAGAUGGCUAUUGUCCACCACCCAGAUAAGAAUCCUAAUGACCCUACCGCCCACGAAAAGUUCCAGGCCAUCGGUGAAGCCUAUCAAGUUCUGUCCGAUUCUGAUCUACGCGCAGCCUACGAUAAGUUUGGAAAGGACUCUGCGAGACCGCAGGAGGGCUUCGCCGACCCAGCUGAAUUCUUCAGCUCCAUCUUUGGAGGCGAGGCCUUCGUGGACUGGAUCGGCGAGAUUAGCCUUAUGAAGGAUCUCACGGCCACCAUGGACAUCACGAUGCAGGAGGAGGAAGAAGCUGCCGCCGCCGCUGCUGAAGCCGCUGCCGCCGCGCAAGCCGAGGAGGAUUUCCCUGGAACUGAAGAUGCCAAGAAGGAGAGCCUCAAGGAGCAAGAGCAGAAGGCAGAGGAAAAGGCCGCUGCCGCUGCAGAGCACCAAGCAGGGCCACCACCGCCGCCUUAUACUGCCGCUUCUGUCCACGAUGACAAGGAGACCAAACCCGCUUCACCUGCCGCGCCCGCCGCUGGCCUUUCCGCCGAUGUCCCUCAGCGAACCGAUGCCACAUCACCUGCUCCCUCAUCGAGCUCACGUAGCCGAACCCAGAUCCCUCUUCGGCCCGCACUGAUGGACAAGUCUCACGAGGAUCUUCUCGAUGCAGAAGCGAACAAGGGUGAAUUAACAGAAGAGGAGCUCAAGCACAAGGAGAAGAAGAAGGGUGGCCUGACUAAGGAGCAGCGAGAGCAGCUGGCAGCAUACGAGAAGGAGCGCGCAAAGAUUCGCCAGGAGCGUGUCGACACACUCUCUCGGAAGCUCCUCGACAGACUUAGCGUGUGGACAGAGACAGACAAGGGCCCUGACGUGACCAAGGCAUUCCAGGAGAAGAUGCGUCUCGAGGUUGAGAACCUGAAGAUGGAGUCUUUUGGAAUUGAUAUCCUGCACGCUAUCGGUCAAACCUAUGUCUCCAAGGCCUCAAGCUUACUCCGCAGCCAAAAGUUCUUUGGUAUCGGUGGUUUCUUCAGCAGACUCCGUGACAAGGGCACGCUCGUCAAGGAGACAUGGAACACCAUCAGCAGCGCUAUUGACGCUCAACAGACCAUGGAGGAUAUGGCUAAGAUGGAGGAGAAGGGUGGCGAGGACUGGACUGAUGAGAAGCGUGCUGAGUACGAGAGACGUGUGACUGGCAAGAUUCUCACCGCUGCAUGGAGGGGAAGCAAGUUUGAGAUUCAGAGCGUUCUGCGCGAAGUCUGCGACAGCAUUCUGAACGACAAGAAGGUCCACCUCAACAAGCGACUCGAGCGCGCACAAGCUCUUGUUCUGAUUGGUGAUGUCUUUAUUCGGGCUGAGCGAUCUCCUGAAGAGGAGGGCGACUAUCUCGUCUUCGAACAGCUCGUCGCUGAGGCUGCAAUGAAGAAGGACAAGGAGGAAGACCACAAGAAGAAGAAGGACCGCAAGUCUUUCCACAGCAAGGACAAGGAACCCAAAGACAAGGAGCACGCUACGACACCCUGA